CGUCGCCCGCUCGCUCGCCUUCGCCGGCCACGCCGCCCGCCCGUGCCCCUGCUGCCUCGGCGCUCGGCAGCCGUCGGUCUCGCCUCGCCACCGCCGCGACGCACGAGCAGGCCGCGGUUUCGCUGGCCCUUGGGGCUCCGUGGUGCGCGAAUCAUCUCCACCCCCCUGCUUUCCCUCCCUCCUUCGAUCCUUCCUUAUGGUUCGUGUUGGGGCGAUUGGAUUUGAGUCUCACCAGUCGGGGUUCGCUUCAGUUAACUCCACGAAUUCCUUGGAUUUUCUCUCUUGAAUGUUUCUUGGGUCUUCAUGGGUUUAUCUGGUGCUUGCUUUAACAACUCACAGGUUGCUCUGUUUUGGUCUCUGCUAUUGACGAUAAAUUGGUUGGGUGGCUCCAGAUUUCUUGCCAAAUUCACCUCUGCUCCCGAGUUUAUCUGCCGCUUCUGACUGUUACCGGAGAUUUUGGGUUCUGCACAUGUUCCUGGGCUUCGGUGGCUUUCGAUUUGUACUGUGAUUUCUCCCGGAAGCUUUCUUUUGGGAUCUCGUGGCGUUCUUCCGGGGAUGCGAGGUUCCUGGGUGUCUGUCACGGGAGCUUUUGGAUUCCUUUUUGGUGUGCACGCUUUGAAAUCUGAGCAGAGGGUGAUUACUGUUUGUUCUGUCUUUUCCAAAUAGAUUCUCUUUAAUUCGUGUUCCAGUUCUGUGAUCGCCACUAUCUUGUAUUUUCAUUCUUGGUGAUGCCUCGUGUGCGUCAGUAUCUUGGGCUGCAAAGCCUUUUUCCCUUUCUGUCAAAACAAGAAUAUCUGAGGAUAUCUGAGGCAGGAACCUUGCUAAUAAUAGUGGUGAGCUCUUUGACAACCAUGUGUCCCCCAAAUCCUGAGCUGAAACUGGCGGCACUUAACAUCAGUAUCAGGGAUUCCUGGAGUGACGAGGAACUUGUGAGAUUCUUGGCAGAGAGGAAAGCCGAGGAUCCCCUUCCGCAGGACGUGCUUGUGGGUCUGGACUUCUCCCUCGUUGAUCCACGGAUCUUCACUGUAGACCUAUGGUACUUGUGCUGGUCAGAUGAUCAACAGCCUAAUAACAGUGCUGAAAACAGUAUCAGAAAGGCAAAAAAUGGAUACUGGAAACAUGUGGAGUCAUGCAAAGUACCAACAAGUAUAGGUAUCAUGGGCAUGAAAAUUAUUUUGCAGUUUUAUGAAGGUCAUGCACCAUGUGGCAAGAGAACUGGGUGGGUGAUGCAUGAAUAUCAAGUGGAACAGAAUGACGAAGCUAAUCUACCACAGGAUUACAAGUCUCUGUGUAGAGUAUUCUUUCAGGGUGACAAAAAGCUAGAUGAUAAAAGUCAACAAAAUUCUCUGAAUGUAGAUGCUCCUAAUGAUAGAUUGGAGACUUACCUUCAGUAUCUUGCCAAACUAGAAGAGCCAAAGGUCACAGCAGAUGCAAAUGAGGAGGAUGUUUGUUCUAGCAAAGUACAGUUUGAGCAAAAACCUCUGAGUGCUCUAGACGAUAUUGAUGUUAUUGCUACUGGGGACUACAUAGAGCUGAAUGACCUACUAACCUCAGAAGCCUCUGCAUCAACUUCAGAAAACUCAAGCAAGCGAUCUAUGGUUUCUGAGGAUUAUUUUGAUAGUGAUGCAUUCCUACGUGAAAUUUUGAAAGGCAGUAACACAACUGAUGGACUAAAUCAAGACCACAAGUUCAGCAUAGCUGCACCUACUAAAUCAGCUAAUGUGGUACUCAGCCCUUCAGAACAAGGUAGCAUGGUCCUUCUGUUAAGUUGUAAUUUAAGAGGGCUAGUUCAGUUCCAUGAUAACAAUGGCAUGGUACCUGGAACUUCACAUCAGAAGCCAGUGCCGGAAGGUGAUAGAGGUGAGCAUUCAAGACAGGGGUUUCAGCAGCAGGGCCCUUCUAUGUCUUCCUAUUUCCCAAGCAGCCAUGUGAAGCCAAGCCAUUCCAACAGUUCUAGUAGCUCGCAGAGCAGCAUGAAGUCUCAUAAAGAGCAGUCUACCAGUAAAUUUGGAAUGAUAGGAAAGAAGUACUGCUGCUUCGGAUCAUUCUAGUCCAAUGCAUAGCUUCUGUUCUAUUUUUGUACAGGAUAGAACAUAGGGAAGAAUCAGUCUUUCCUCUUCAUCAUUAGGCACAUACUGCGCAAAUUGCUAUAGUGACAUUGACUGGUUGACGCAACAAGUAGUUGCCAUAUGUUGUGAAAUUGAAACUAGAUGGUAGCUAGUUUGAAGCUACCUGGAACCAAACAAUACGAGCUGUGGAAAGUUUUCCACUUUUUGUUCAUGUAAUGAUAAUGUGGUGAAUACCUUGGGCUCA